CAACGAAGCGAAGGCAGCGCACCGAAACUCAUUAGGUCCAUUACAAAGUCAAUUUAUUACUAAGAAUAACACUAGAGUAAUUAGCCAACGAGGAGGCCUAGCGGUGCUGCCCUGCAGCGUCACCAUGACAACACCAGCCACUGUGUCCUGGUUCCGGCGGAAAGACUACCAGCUGCUGACGGUCGGCCUGUCGACGUACAGUAGCGACGACCGGUUCCUGGUCGAGCAUACGCGCCACCUCGGCAACUGGGCGCUGCGGAUAAAGAACGCCCGCAAGGAGGACGAAGGACUGUACGAGUGCCAAAUUUCCACCCAUCCACCCCAGUCGAUAUUCAUCGAGCUUAGGAUCGUCGAGGCGGUCGCAGAAAUUCUCGAAGCGCCCGAUUUGCAUAUAGACGAAGGAUCGACGCUGCGACUGGAAUGCAAACUGAAACGUGCCACCGAAAGCCCGCUGUACGUCUUUUGGUACCACGAGGAUCGGAUGGUGAACUACGAUCAGGAAGAUGGUGUGUCCGUGUCGAACAACAAGCUCACCUCCAGCAUCCUGACGGUGCGGAAUGCGACGGCCCGGCACGGUGGCAACUACACCUGUGCUCCCGCGAACGCGCGCCAAUCGAGUGUUUACGUGCACGUGCUGAAAGGUGAAAAGCCAGCCGCAAUGCAACAUCCCAACAAAAACCCGACCGCAACAUCCGGUGCACGGGCGGGCACACUCCCCCCACUGGCCGCAUAUCGGUGCGGUUGGCUCCGGCCGGUUCGCUCCUGGUGGCCCCUGCUCGCGGUCAGCCUGCUCCCUGCCACGGUCAGCCUCGUGACGACGAUGCUGCUGACGCUGGUGGGCCGAUUGGCGCAGGGCACGGGCCAGUGGCCGGGUGCAGCCAGACCCGCGCCCAAACCAUCCGACGACGACGGCGGCCGACGGCCAACCGAGCCUUACCUUCCCGUCGCAUCCCGGCGCCGGCAGUGCCACCGCACCGCGCUGCUCACGCUCUGUAUACUAGCCGCACUUCUGCUCUCCGUUAAGACUAUCUUCAGCAAAAGUAUUAAACUGUUCGAUGUAGUUUAAAAGCAAACCGCUCCCCGUUCCCUCGUCUCGUCGGCAAUUUGGGACGUUCGAGAGCCUCCCGAGCCUCGCAGUGGCUUGCUGCUGGUGAGCCAUGGUGAGUGUGGUGAGUGUGCAAAAGCGAACGCCCCAACGUCGGGGACGAAAAACACAUACGUAUAAAUAUUUUGUACAGGUUUUCUAGCAUUAAAAUGUUUAGGGUUAAUGUUUACGGGCAAUUGAGAGGACAAUGUGUGGGUGUGUGUGUGUUGGUUAUUUGGCCAAACAGAACAGAAAGUACAACACAGCUGAACACAGAGAGAGUCAGAGAGCCAGCGAGGGCAAGAUAGAAUGUGGCGCUAGGUACAAAAUGGGGACAGUUUUAGAGGAAUUGUUUGCAAAGCAAAUAAGACCCACAGUCGGGCCAGCCCGAACGGACCGGACAACCGUACCUUGGGUGGACUUUGACUAGCAAGACUGCAAGGGUUGCUGUUGCAGUUCGUAUGCAAUGGUUCUUAAGCUUAAAUUGUUAUCUUUUGGAUUUCGGUACGUUCUGGGGUUGCAGUGUUCGUGUUCGUGUAUCUGCACCGGUAGCUGUGGUGACCCUGUCCGGUUCGGUUUACGCAGUGGUUUUAAGUAAGCAAUCUUCCGGUCACUGCAAUGCCUGCCCGAGCGAUUGAACCGUCUCCGGUCAGAAUCUCUGCAUAAAAUCAAUUCACAACAUCCCUUGAACGCACCCGUAACCGGGUUGGAUCAUUAGUUAGACAAACACCCGAUACCGAACUCCGAUUCAAAAUCAAUCACCACUGAGGGCAGUGAUUGUUCUUCCUUCUUGCUGCAGAUAAUCCAGCCACAAUCGCAAUGUACCGGCGGUGGUGGUGCUGGCGAAAGGGGAUUGGGAUGUAACAGAGCUUUGUCGAACUUUUGCCCGCAGACGAAAAGCCCUCGUGAGAGCAAUCCAAGUCUUUGAGCAGCACAGAUUUAAGGGGGUGCAAAACUUCACCAUCAUCAUGAUCAUCAUCAUCAUCAUUGCCGUCUCCGAUUGCUGGUGGAUAAAAGUAUUUACGAUGAAAUAUUGAUUAAACAAACGAAAUUUCGUUCCAUUUCACGUCUGGGAAGGACGCAGAGGGAAGGUCGGAGGACGCUUCCAAUCACUUCGGUGGUUCGAGCGAUUUCAUUUUACAUCUCGUACCGGUAACCCAAAAACGUACCGAGAUGGGUUUGCUGUGUGUGUGUGUGUGCAUCUGUGUGCGUUGCUUUUUAUCCCCUUUUUUUGCUUUUCGCUGCUGUACUGCAGAGUUGUUGAGCAGCAUUUGAAGGAAGAGGGGAAGAACUUUCCGCGUAGCACAACUUGUGGCAGAUUGUGGAGUUUUUUCUUGCGCUUCUUCUGAUGUUUGUAAUCCGAUCUGAGUUUCGAUUCCCACCGUCUCUACUGUUGCAGACAGGCUCAAGGAGCUGUUGCGAUGGAAUCAUUUAGCAGCAGUUGGUGCAAAUGGUGGAAAAGAAUGUGAUUUUUCCCUCUUUCAAGAAGAUGAUGGCAAGCAUGGUGAUUUUCCAUCGCUUCACUCAAUUGCGAGGGAACCACUGUUUGCUUGAAUUGUUUUCUCAUAAAACAUAUUCCAGUUGAAAUGCAAUGAACUGUGCUUCUUUUGUUCAAAAGCAGGGUGUAAUCUUUUGCUGAACUUCCUUUUCUAAAAGAUGGCGCCCACUUUCACAACCAUCUCAUCCGUACCAUGGAUGACUAAUGGGGAAAAAGCUGUAAACCACGAAAGGAUUAAAAAGAGGUUCGACGAAAUAAAGAGAAAGUAAUAUAAAACUUUCCGAAAGCUUCUCUAUCGCUCCUCUAACCAGGGAUGAAUCGAGCGAGUAUUUGAUGAUCAUGCACUGGAUAUCCCCUUCACCACCACACUCUUUGCACCCCGUUGGCACUAUAAUGAGCCAGCGUUGAGGACGUUUGCAACCAAUCAUGAAUAAAGUACAUUUAUCUGCGCCAACCCUCCUGGCCCCGGCCCAACUGCCGGCAAUCGGAAGCUCAUCGGGGUCCGGUUCCAUGCAAUUGAGGAAGAACCACCAGGAGGAAAAAGUUUCCCUUUCUCCAGUUGCGUCGUUCCAACGUGAGGUGAGCUUUUCAUUACCCGCGUUGCGGCUCGAGGAGGGAGUGUUCGCACUGCGCCACCCGGGCGCUGAAUCAUUGAUGGUAUUUGCAUAAGCGAUUAAAAAUGCAAAUUAUAGUUAUUUUAUCUCGAACUAUCGUGGCCGCUGCUUAACCACGGGCCACGGGCCGCGAAUGAAGUGGCAAAUCUCGAGUCGAGAUCAGCCGGCGGAUUCAUGGUUCGGUGCAUUGCAAUUGCAAACUCGACCGGCUCGAGCACUUUAUCUUUCCGCAGUCCCGGGUGGCACGUGCACGAGCACGAGCGGGCACAGGUGCUCGGAGCGAAAGGAAGAGGGAGAGAGAGAGCGAGGCACAGUGAAAACUUUCUAAUCCUAAUGAGGGUUUCGGCAUCGGAUGGAAAGUGUUGCUGGUGUCACAAAUGGUAGUGUCACAGUGAGCUGUCGCCAGUGAUUAGCUUACUUUAAUCACUAACGGUCCUGGUUUCAUGCUCCACAUAAUAGCAGAAAAGCUGUGUUGCAUUCUAAUGUGGAGAGGAAAAUAAAGUCAAUUCUUCAUAUAGAUCACGCUCAUACCGCUUAGCUUGAGUUUUCGUUUGAAAUGCUGUUUAUUUCAAGUUUAAUUCAAACAUUUUUGUACUUUAAUACGUCUACGAGCAAUGAUUGCAUGGUAUUUGCAUACCUUUAGGCGCCGCCGUUAUGUAUGCAAGCGAAAAGCGCCUUUUAGUAUGCAAUUCGCUAAACCUAACUGGUUUUAGUGAAAUUGAUAAUUGGUUUCAUUCAAAUUAGAAGCAUUGUUCAUAGAAAGUUUAAAGUUUUAUUUCCUUUAUGAAUUCUUUUCUUUUUGCUGUUUUCUCUUCUUUUUGUAAAUAUGUAAUUUAUGUAGUCUAAUUCUUAGUUUUCUUGUUUUCUUAUUCUUAUUCACUUCUUAUACUGAUUAACCUAUCACUUCUUUCCACAUCAACACAUACUCAUGUCUCCUGUGAAAACAAUGAUAUUUUUC